AUGCUUGCUCCAACAGUCACGUCUGUCAGCGAGGCUUCGGUGCCUCUGGUUAGGCGAAACGCGCUUAUCGCGAUCUGCUUCGACACACCUGGCAAAACGUCGAUGACCAGCGGCUGCCAGUCUUCACGCGCCCCCACUCGAGCGCCAAGAAGUCGGACAGUGGCAGUUGAAGCGAGCCGAGCUACUCCUACUCGACCACCACCUCGGAAGGCUCCUCCGACGUGUAUUGUUGCUCACAAUAAGCCUGAUCGAUUAGUGACUUAUCGUCGUGGCCAACUGGUGCAAGCGUUCAUAUCGCAAAUACCAGAGAACGACUACGACCCCGAUAUGGGAUGGAUGAUGGUUGGCAGUCGUGUCGAAGCGCAGGUGUCACCACGUCUUGGCAUGACAGACGGCUGGGUGGACGCUACUAUUGUUGAUGAUUUUGAUAAAAGCCAGUACCACGCUGAAUUGAGGGAAACCUGGCCGGUGGUUGAGUACACCCACACACUUUGGGGGGAUGGUCGAGGGGCUAUGCUGGAUGGCAACAAGGCUUAUAACCUUCGACAGUCAAUGAGGAUGGAGCACAUCAGAUUGGCGACCUCGGAGCGCCGAACGCCUAGUCUUAGCCUGUUGAUCGUUCGUUAUGGUGAUGGCAGUCGAAGGGUUGAUACUAGGUUCGAUAUGGCAGUUACUGAUGAGCUUAUUACUGAUCUCAUGCGAGAGGGUAUUUACGCUACAAGCGUGGGCGCGAUCUACUCUGACGAGGUCGGGGUGUAA